AAACAAACGGUCGCCAAGCAUUCUCCCACGAAAUAUUUGAGUUUUAAAAAGCUUCGUCUAGCAACCACAGAGGUGAUACAAGCAUAAAAUAUUUAAGAUUUCGCGAGGAGUUGUUGAACGUGGGAUAGCUCUCAGAGGAAAUAACUGAGAAGAAUUGAGAAUCAUCGUACGCCAUUUUUGAUUCUCGAAGAGCUGCUUUCGAAAUUUAACUCAAGAGCUUCAUUUUGACACAGCUGUUCGAGUCAAACCGUUGAAACUGUUUGCAGUUAGUUACAGUUUGGAUUUUGUCACCUUCUUUCAAGCGAGGCGUGUAAAAUAACGAUUUGUUCAAGCUGUAAUGCGAAUGGCUACUACAUACAUCUAGUUGUGGGAACGUUAAUUUUGCAGAGCGUGAGCUGUAACCCUUGAAGACGGUAUAUUCUGACAGCUGUUUCCUCAUUGUGAAGUUUGAAUUCGCCAAGUUUUAUUUAUCAGCUUUGUAUGAAGGUGCUUUGGGGAAAGGUGACAACUUAUUCGAAAUGGCGAGCAAACUUUGGUUCGUGUAGAAUUCAAGAACGUUUGGAAAGCUGGUUUUACAGAACAAAUACCGUAAUUGUUACGACAUCAGGUCGCUGCUGAACUGUGAAAGAAAGAUUUGCGUGGAAUUUGUGGACGUAAAAGGAAAUUGAACUUGUCUGAAGGGCAAUGUUACCGCCGUCGCUACAUUUCGACUGUCGACGAAUGGCAUAUAUUUUACCCGUGUUAUGGGUUGUUUUUUUAAGAAUUAAUGUUGUCUCUGCUCAGAACGACUCGUCCAUACUGUCGAACUCACUUUGUAUUCUUCGAUGUCCUUCAGGACACCACUGCUUUAACAAUACCGUAGAAACAACGGUCAUAGAGUUGGGCCACAAUGGCCAUAUUUGUACAACUACAGAUGAAUGUUACGGGGAGGAUGACCCGUUAGGAUUCCGUCCCGGGCCUAGACAAAAACCUCAAACAGUUGUGUAUGGCGAUACUGUUCUCAUAAAACCCAAAGAAAUCACAGUAAAAUUUCUAAAGGUGUCUAGGGACAUCUUCUAUAACUGUGGCUCAGGUGGACAACUUUUUCAAAAUUUUACUUCUUCUCAAUUCCCAGUACCAUCAAAGUAUUUAACUCCACUAGGGAUCAAUUAUUUUAUUGCAAAAGAUGCUCUGUUUAGCUGUAGUUUUGGGGUUAGACUUGAGCUGUAUGUGCGCAGUCGUCAACAGCUGAACUGUACAAAUCCAGCAUUACCCAACCUCGGUGUCUGUAGUGGAGUAGGUCUUUGCACCAGUGCCAGUCAGACCUAUUUUACGCGUGAUUACGCAUGCAAUUGUUGCGAUGCAUACAAAGGGAGAUAUUGGGAGGAACUUGACAGCUGUCAUUCAAGCAGAAAUCCUUGUAAAAAUGGUGCCACAUGUACAGAUAUCAAAGAUGGCACCGCUGAUAGUUUUAAUUGUACCUGUAUGCCAGGGUACACAGGGACUUUCUGUGAAACAAAUAUUGAUGAGUGUAGUUCCAGUCCAUGUAUUAAUGGGUUUUGUGUGGAUUAUAUAAAUAAGUACGCCUGCUUGUGUGAUCCAGGAUUUAACGGCCCAAACUGUCACGUUGUUAUCCCAGACCUCUGCGCCAAUAACCCAUGUGAAAAUGGUGGAUCGUGUGAAAGAUCAGGAAGUAAAGGGCAAAACUAUACUUGUGCUUGUCUUCCUGAUUUUACUGGACGAAACUGCACAGAAAAUGUCACUAGAUCAGCAAGUCUGUUAGCAUCUACAAUGCUUACUCUAACAAGUGUAUCAACAAUUGAGCUUCAUACUUCAUUUAUUGGGGAUUCUAGCUUUGUUACACAAAGUGUUUCCUCAUCUGUUCGGGCCAAAAGAUUGUCAUCUUCUGUUUCUGAGUCUUUGUCUCAAGGGAGUACAAUUGUUACUGGCACCUCAGUAUUGGGAACAUUGUCACCUACAGCAUCUCCCAGGAUAUCAUCAUUUCCAGGGUUUGUGAUUUCUAGCACUGAAUUAGAAACAGCACCUUCACCUUCAAUCUCAUCUUUAACUUUGCAACAGUCAGUUUUGGGCAGCGCUCCCAGUGGUAUUUCAAAGCCAGCAUCAUCUCUGUCAUCAUCAACAACCUCAUCAUCAUCAUCAUUUUUGUCAGUUCACAUGUCAAUCAGUUCUUCAGUUGAAGCCCUAUCCACCUCAAAUGUUUAUGUUUCAUCUUUAGAAGCCAUCUCCACAUCAGUUGGAAUUUUUUUGACAGCUGACACAUCCAUGCAGACUAGAAAAGACACAUUCAGUUCAGUUACCAUGUCGACUGCAUUCAUCAGAAGUGUUGCAACUCCAUCUUUGCACUUGACGUCAUCGCUGCACUUGACUUUAUCCAUGCAGGCAUCUUUAUCUGAUAUAGGAUCAGGUGCAUCUUUUUCCUCGUCGUCAUCAUCCUUACCAUUACCAACAUCACAAGCAGUGACACCAACCAUUGCACUUUCCACGGGCAGCUCAACACUGUUACGACCAGAUUCUUCAUCAGUGUCUUCAGUAUUAGUGACAUCAUCACAAGGGGUGAUGCCAACUGUCACACUUUCUAACAGCACCUCUACACUUCUUUCUCCUUCUAUGGCAUUGCACUCUGAGGUAACAACACCUUUAGCCAUCACAACAGCCCUUCCAUCAAUGUCUACUGUCUUUUUCAGGUCAACUGCUGAAAUAUCUUCAUCGUUUGCUUCAUCUUCUGUGGUUCCCACAAUGCCACCAAUUCCAACUACUGUACCUUUGAUUAACCAGACAUGUGUUCAUAAUCCUUGUAACAAUGGAACAUGCUUCAGCGAGCCAUACUUACAGUUUGGAUUCCGCUGUGAAUGUCCUUAUCCAACCAUUGGACCUGUUUGUCGUGGUAUAGCUGAAAGUGAUCUUCAUUUCCCAGCUUUUGGAAAGAACUCUUUCCUGGAACACAAGAGCAGGUCGUUUAAUAAUGAAAUCAACAGGAUAGACAUAACAUUCAAGACGAAUGCCUCUGAAGGUCUGCUGCUCUUUGCAGCUGAUUCUAAAAAACGUGGGGAUUUUAUCCAACUUCAUGUGUCAGGUGGUAAACUUGAGUUCAGAUUUGAUCCCGGUGACAGUUUAGUGUACAUCCAAAGCAACCAAAGAGUGGACACUGGGGAAAUAAUAACUGCAACAGUCACGUAA